AUGGCUGGAAAAGAACCGCACCGAUACCAAGGCGAACGGGACAACCCAGGGCCAUUUGUUUCCACAAAAGAUUUCAUAAACUAUCAGUACUAUAUCCUCUCGGAUGCUUGCCGACUUCCCUCGGAAGACUUGGAGCGGGCCCAAGCAGAAGAGGAAUUGUUGCCCUCGCCAGUUUGGCAAAGCAGAUUCCUACCAUUUUAUUGCUGGCAUAAUCGAUUGGGAGUUUUCAGGAACGGUGCCGUUGGAAUUUUCACACCUCGUUUGUGGAUUACGGGCCACGGACGGGAUGGGUAUAUAAACCUGUAUACGGACACUAAUGCCAACGAAUUCUACGCAGCUCUCGGGACAAAGGCCGCCACCUCCGAGAAUUGCGCGCAGCUCAUGCAAGAAUGGAAUCGGCAAGCACAAGUCGCUUUUCCCAUAGUCCAAAUAUCACGCCAGCCUGAGACCCUCCUCCACGUAUUUUAUAGAUUUAUUUUCCGCAUGUUCUUCCAAAGAGACCGUGAACAAGUAGUCUUGGAAUUUUUCGCACAAAACAAUCAGAAUGGAACGCUGGCCGAGGAGAUUAGGCAUCGUGUCGAGAACUCCAGGAACUACGUUCAAUAUCUUCGCGAACAUGGACUGCAAAUUGUUGACAAAGAGGCAGAAAAGAGACGGGAAGAACUGCUUGCCAAGUUGAAGAGCGGGAUUGCGAGUCUGGAUGACAAGUAUGGACCUAAUAACCAAGCCGGGCGUUGUGACUUUGCGCCUUCAAGUAUUGCUCCCGACCCUGCAACUCCCCCAACUUGA